ACAAUGUACACGGACAUAUAUCUGUACCAAUCUAGAAAAUCUACUGAACUGAGUCCCAAACACCUGUAACUCUCCCUCUCGACUUUCUAUCUGGGACAGAGGAAGCCACAAGAAUGUCCCCUCAAGCCGCCUACACACCCGAGCAAACACCGACGGUCGUCCGCGCCCGCAAACAUCUCUCGGGAACGCGCGCCAAGCAGCUCCUCCGCGCGGCGGAGCGCGAAUACAACGACCCCCCGCCGCCGCCGGGGCUGGGCGAGUGCUGUGGCAGCUCGUGUGACCCCUGCGUGAGGGAUCUCUGGCGGGAGGAGCUGGCCGUUUGGCGCGAGAGAUGGGGGGAGGCUGCUGAGGAGGGGUCUUCGAAGAAGAAAGACCAAGACGGGAAGGAGGAGGAGGAGGAGGGGAAGAGGAAGAUGCCGGGGAGUUGGGAGUGGUGAUUUGAUUUACUUUUGUGGGUGUGGAUUGGAAUAUCAACUGGUUUAGAGGGGCUGGCGUGGUUUAGGAGACCCUGGUUUUGGGCUGUCACUUGGUUUGUGAUUCUUUGUUCUG